AUGGGGUCGUGGAGGCCGAGGAUGCCGGGGUUCGGCGACGAAGGUGGCGGCGGGAGAGGGGGCGGCCAGGGCAGGGUCGGCGGUGGUCGCGGCCGCGGCGGCUUCGGCUUCUACCCGCAGCAAGGCGGCCGCGGAGGAGGAGGAGGAGGCUCCUACCAGCCUCGCGGGGCCGCGCAGCAGUGGCGUCCGGCCGCCCCUGCUCCGGCGCAUCCACCGCAGACGCACGCCAAUGGCAACGGCGGCCCGGCCGCCACGAUAGCUCCCGAGCUGCGCCAAGCAAAGACGGACGACGCCGCUCCGGCUCCGCCCGCCCCGGCCCAGCCGCCGCCGGAGGCCCUCGAGGCCGUCGACGAGCAGCUCGACCUCGAGGACGUCACCGACCAGUUGGACGCCCUGUCCAUGGACGGCGACGACGGCGGUGACUCGGUCUCGAUCACCACCGGCACCGGCAGGGAGCUCGUCGUGGCCCGCGCGCCGAUUCCGCGGGCGGACAGCUCGUGCAAGUUCCCGCACCGCCCCGGGAGCGGGCGGGCCGGCACGCGGUGCCUGGUGAAGGCGAACCACUUCCUCGCCGAGCUUCCGGAUAAGGACCUGCACCAGUACGACGUGGCCAUCACGCCGGAGACGUCGCGGGUGUCCGGCCGCGCCGUCAUGGGCGAGCUGGUGCGCCUGCACCGGGCGUCCUACCUCGGCGGGCGCCUCCCGGCUUACGACGGCCGCAAGAGCAUGUACACCGCCGGCCCGCUGCCCUUCACCUCCAAGGAGUUCCACAUCACCGUGCUCGAGGAGGACGACGGCUCCGGCCAGGAGAGGCGUGAGAGAACCUUCAAGGUGGUGAUCAGGUACGCGGCGAGGGCCGAUCUGCGCCGCCUCGAGCAGUACAUCGCCGGGAGGCAGGCCGAGGCUCCCCAGGAGGCUCUGCAGGUUCUUGACAUUGUCCUGCGUGAGCUGCCAACAGCUAGAUAUGCGCCAUAUGGUCGAUCGUUCUUCUCGCCAGACUUCGGGAGGAGGCGGUCACUCGGCGACGGGGUUGAGAGCUGGCGCGGGUUUUAUCAGACCAUUCGCCCUACUCAGAUGGGAUUGUCGCUCAAUAUCGAUAUGUCAGCAACAUCUUUCUUCGAGCCGCUGCCUGUCCUCGAUUUUGUCGGGCAGCUUUUGAACGCUGACAUUCACUCAAGGUCCCUCUCGGAUGCCGAGCGAGUCAAGAUCAAGAAGGCCCUAAGAGGAGUCAAGGUGGAAGUUACUCACCGUGGCAACAUACGGCGCAAGUACCGGAUAUCUGGUUUAACAGCUCAGACAACAAGGGAGCUAAGUUUUCCUGUUGAUCAAGGGGGCACGGUGAAGUCCGUUGUCCAGUAUUUUCAGGAGACAUAUGGGUUUGCCAUCCAGCACAUCAAUCUUCCCUGUCUGACAGUCGGCAACCAGCAGCGUCCAAAUUACCUCCCCAUGGAGGUGUGCAAAAUAGUGGAGGGGCAGAGGUACUCCAAGAGGCUGAACCAGGGUCAGAUAAGAGCUCUUCUUGAGGAGACAUGCCAGCGUCCACAUGACCGGGAGCGCGACAUAGUUCAGAUGGUGAAUCACAACUCUUACCACGAUGAUCCGUAUGCAAAAGAGUUUGGUAUUAAGAUCAGCGAGCGCCUGGCAUCAGUCGAGGCACGGAUUUUGCCUGCUCCUCGGCUUAAGUACAGCGAGACUGGUAGAGAGAAGGAUUGCUUGCCUAGAGUUGGCCAGUGGAAUAUGAUGAACAAGAAAAUGGUCAAUGGUGCUAGAGUCAGGAGCUGGCUGUGUGUCAACUUCGCUCGAAAUGUGCAAGAGAGUAUGGCUACUGGAUUCUGCCGUGAACUCGCUCGCAUGUGCCAAGCCUCAGGAAUGGACUUUGCUUUGGAGCCUGUUCUUCCGGUUAUAUACGUGCGCCCUGAUCAAGUGGAGAGAGGUUUGAAAGCUAGGUUCCAUGAUGCCAUGACCGCACUUGGACCGCAGCGCAAGGAGAUCGAAUUACUUAUUGGGAUACUCCCUGAUAACAAUGGCUCACUUUAUGGUGACCUGAAGCGUGUCUGCGAGAUCGACCUUGGGCUAAUUUCCCAGUGUUGUUUGACAAAGCAAGUGUUCAAGAUGAACAAGCAAAUCCUGGCAAACCUUUCUCUCAAGAUAAAUGUCAAGGUUGGGGGAAGGAACACUGUACUGGCUGAUGCGUUGACAAGGCGCAUUCCUUUGGUUACCGACAAGCCGACGAUCAUAUUCGGCGCAGAUGUCACCCAUCCUCAUCCUGGUGAAGACAGCAGCCCCUCCAUUGCUGCAGUUGUGGCCUCCCAGGAUUGGCCUGAGGUGACCAAGUAUGCUGGCCUAGUCUCUGCUCAGACUCACAGGCAGGAAUUAAUAGAGGAUCUGUACAAUGUGACUCAUGAUCCUCAGAGAGGAACCAUCCAUGGUGGCAUGGUCAGGGAGCUUCUUAUAUCCUUUAAGCGAACAACCGGAGAAAAGCCUGAGCGUAUUAUUUUCUAUAGGGAUGGCGUGAGUGAAGGCCAGUUCUACCAAGUUCUACUGCAUGAGCUUGAUGCCAUCAGAAAGGCAUGCGCAUCGCUAGAAGCAAACUACCAGCCGCUGGUUACAUUCGUCGUGGUCCAGAAGCGCCACCACACCAGGCUGUUUGCGCACAACCACAAUGACCAAAGCACCGUCGACAAGAGCGGCAACAUCCUUCCUGGCACUGUCAUUGACUCCAAGAUCUGCCACCCUACAGAGUUUGAUUUCUUCCUGUGCAGCCAUGCCGGCAUCAAGGGCACGAGCCGCCCCGCGCAUUACCAUGUCCUGUGGGAUGAGAACAACUUCACUGCUGAUGGACUGCAGACCCUCACCAACAACCUUUGCUACACUUACGCGAGGUGCACGCGCUCAGUGUCGAUCGUCCCUCCAGCAUACUACGCUCACCUGGCCGCCUUCCGCGCCCGCUUCUACAUGGAGCCGGACAGCUCCGACAGCGGCUCCAUCUCGAGCGCGCGCAAGUCCGGCUCGUCAACGUCCCGCAGCACCCGCGCCGCCGGCGCCGGGGUCGUCAGGCCCCUCCCUGCGCUCAAGGACAGCGUGAAGAAGGUCAUGUUCUACUGCUGA